AUGGCUAUGAUAGUACCACCAGAGCCAGACGAUGAUGGUGAUGAAAUUGUACCUGAUUUUAGAACUACAACAAAACGACCAGUGCCUGAUAGGGUAACGAAACGUCCAACCGGUGCUGUUGCUCCAGCAAUGGCUAUGAUAGUACCACCAGAGCCAGACGAUGAUGGUGAUGAAAUUGUACCUGACUUUAGAACUACAACUAAACAACCUCCAACCCCAGUAACUGCAGUCGCUCCAGCAAUGGCGAUGAUAGUACCACCGGAACCGGAAGAUGAUCCUACAACUAUAUCGACAACAAUAUUAGUAACUACCCCCACAACAACUAAAGUAACUACUCCAACAACCGUUACAACACCAACACCUAGCACUACACCCUCCACAACAAUUACGGUUGUAACUAUUCCAUCAACAACAGUAUCGACUACUUUAAGUACUCCAUCUACAACAUUAACAACUCCUGAUUUGAACCGUAAUCAAGAAGAAGAAACGAUCCCAACUACAAAAAGCACAACUACUGUUACAACUACGACAACAACAAAACCUGUUGUAGAAGCAACUACCCCAACAACAACAAGACUUGUAGAAGAAACUACCCCAACAACAACAACAAAGAAACUUGUAGAAAAAACUACAACAACAACAGUUAUCCCAGUUACAAAAGCUAUAACAACAACAACAACAACAACGAAAAAACCUUUUAUAGGUAUCGGAUACUUACCGCCAGAGGGGAUACCUGCACAUUAUCCUGUCGCUGGGGGCGAUAAUGUACCAGAGGAGCCUAAAUGUGAUCCAUCAGAUCCACGAACGUGGCCCACGUUACACGAACAGCUACGCUAUGGUGAACUGCCAUGUGCGCCAGACGCUACAACAAAACCGUCACUACCGCCGUCACCGGCAAGAGCCGACAAAGUCCCUGAAGAGCCGGCAUGUGAUCCUUUAGAUCCUAGUACUUGGCCUUCGGAGGUCGACCAACGAGAAUUUGGCGAGCAACCAUGUGCUAUAAGCACCUCAGUAACCAAGCUACCCACACCAGCACCGGCAAGAGCUGAUAAAGUCCCUGAAGAGCCUGCAUGUGAUCCUUUAGAUCCUAGUACUUGGCCUUCGGAGGUCGACCAACGAGAAUUUGGAGAGCAACCUUGUGCUAUAAGUACCUCAGUAACUAAGCUACCCACACCAGCACCGGCAAGAGCUGAUAAAGUCCCUGAAGAGCCUGCAUGUGAUCCUUUAGAUCCUAGUACUUGGCCUUCGGAGGUCGACCAACGAGAAUUUGGAGAGAAACCUUGUGCACCUGUUCCUACUCCUAGUAUAGCUACUACACCUCCUACGAUACCUACUACUAUACCAACUACAGCUCCUACAACCCCUCCUACUGUACCUACUACACCUCCUACUGUGCCUACUACACCUCCUACUGUACCUACUACACCUACUGAGCCUACUACACCUCCUACUGUACCUACUACACCUCCUACUGUACCUACUACACCUCCUACUGUACCUACUACACCUCCUACUGAGCCUACUACAACUCCUACCGUACCUACAACCCCUCCUACUGUACCUACUACACCUCCUACUGUACCUACUACACCUCCUACUGUGCCUACUACACCUCCUACUAUACCUACUACACCUACUACUGUACCUACUACACCUUCUACUGAGCCUACUACCCCUCCUACAAUAAAACCACACAUAGACGACAGAUAUGUACAUAUCCCAACAGUAGAAACAGUGCCUCCUGAACCAAACUGUGAUCCACUAGACCCUACCACAUGGCCUACAGACUUCGACCAAAAAAACUUCGGGGAGACACCAUGUGUUAAUGUUACAACAACUGUCAAGCCACCAUUCGUCGGUCUGACAUAUCUACCGCCAGAUGACUGUGUAGUCAAAAAGAGGAAACGGAGAUCCUCGGAAUUGACGCUAAGGUUAGGAGAUGUGAAAGGAACGCCAAGGCCUGUGUGGUACGUGGGCAUUUAUAGGAAGAUCACUGAUCCUUAUUUCCCUAUUUGUGGAGGGUCGAUCGUGAAAGAAGAUGUUGUUAUAUCAGCUGCUCACUGCUUCUGGGACGACGUGAAUGGGUUACAACCAGCCCAGCAGUUCGCGGUCGCCGCCAGUAAGAUCUACAAACCCUGGAAUGAUCCUAUGGAUAAGAAGGCACAGAAAUCAGAUGUCCUGGACAUAAAGAUUCCCCCUCGCUUCCUUGGUGUGAAGACCAGCUUCCAAGAAGACAUCGCCAUCUUGAAACUGGCAACACCCUUCAAGUAUACGCGAGGAGUUCGACCGAUUUGCGUGGACUUUGAUGACGAGUUUGACAGGCAGCAGAUGAAAGCUGGUCAUCAAGGCACGGUAAGUACUUGGACACAGCAAAAUUCUAGAGGUAUGAUUGUGAAUUUGUUACUAACAGAACAGUGCUAACAUAUCGUCACUAC